AUGUCGUCACUGGCCGUGGCCACUUUCUCCGAUAAAAAACGCCGCAGGCGCAAUGCGAGUCGAGGUUCGCCCCGUCCGCCCGACGACGGCGCGCCAGGAGCACGCGGUCGCCGGGCUUUGGGCUCCAAUGACCGGGCUGAUGCCCUUCUUGUUACAGGCAAAUCGGUCAACGCUAAGGAUGUUCUCGAGGACAAGAAAGAUGACAGCGAGCUGUGGGAGGCGCAGGCUGCCUUCCUCGGCCCCAACCUCUGGGACAAGACUCUCCCCUACGACCCAGAUCUCAAGGUACACGAAUACGUGGACCUAGACGAGUUCCUGUCGGAAAAUGGAAUGGCCGGCGAGGCGCUCGGUGGUGCGCAUCUUGGUGGCUCCGCGUUCGGCGCCGGCGCGGGGCUGGCGUUGGGUCUUCAGCCGCCCGUCACCAAGCGCGAGCGGUCACCUUCACCCUCCGACUGCAUGAGCCCCGACACCAUCAACCCGCCGCUCUCGCCCGCCGACUCCACAUUUUCAAUGGCGUCGUCGGGUCGCGACUUCGAUCCGCGGACGCGGGCUUUCUCUGAUGAGGAGCUUAAGCCGCAACCUAUGAUCAAGAAGUCGCGGAAACAGGUAAAUGAUUUCGUGCCCGAUGACCUGAAAGACGACAAGUACUGGGCGCGUCGUCGGAAGAACAACAUGGCCGCCAAGCGGUCACGUGACGCGCGACGGAUGAAGGAGAACCAGAUCGCUUUGAGAGCCGGAUACCUCGAGAAAGAGAACAUGGGCUUGCGACAAGAAGUGGAGCUACUGAAAAAGGAGAACCACAUCCUGCGCGAAAAGCUCUCCAAGUACGCGGAUGUGUAG